CCCUUCCUGUCUGGGACUAGUCGGCGGAAGGCAGAGCGCAGGCGAAGGAGAGACCCGUGGCUGGAGGACCGCUUUCCCUCCUUGGCAGGCACCCUUGGCAGGCGUGCGGCCGGGGUGGUCUCAGUGUAGCCGGAGCCUCCUUCCGUGCCCCGCCUGUCCCUCUCCCGAGAAGACGUCCUCGUUGGCACGGUCCUUUCCGCUGCGCGUUCCACAUGGUUUUGCACGUGGGAAGGUGGUCCUAGACCUGAGUUAAAAGACGGUGCUAGCAGCUUCGCUUGCAUCCUGGAUCUAGAAAGAAAGGAGCGGAAAACGAUCUGUGGCUGAAAAUGUUGCGCAAGAAAGUGGAUAAUCGCAUUCGGAUACUGAUUGAGAAUGGAGUGGCUGAGCGGCAUAGGACACUCGUCGUUGUAGUGGGGGAUCAUGGCAAAGAUCAGGUGGUCAUACUCCAUCAUAUGUUGUCCAAAGCAACUGUAAAGGCUCGUCCAUCAGUAUUAUGGUGCUAUAAGAAAGAGCUGGGCUUUAGCAGUCACCGUAAGAAAAGAAUGAGACAGUUGCAGAAGAAGAUUAAAACUGGAAUGUUAGAUCUGAAGCAAGAUGACCCCUUUGAGUUGUUCAUUGCCGCCACAAACAUUCGUUACUGUUACUACAAUGAAACUCACAAAAUUCUUGGAAAUACUUUUGGCAUGUGUGUACUCCAGGACUUUGAAGCCUUGACACCAAAUCUUCUUGCUAGAACAGUGGAAACUGUGGAAGGUGGAGGCAUUGUUGCAAUUCUUUUGAGAACUAUGAACUCCCUGAAGCAGCUCUACACCAUGACCAUGGACGUGCACUCUCGCUACCGGACUGAGGCACAUCAGGAUGUGGUGGGACGAUUUAAUGAACGGUUCAUUCUGUCUCUGGCCUCUUGCAAAACCUGCAUGGUUGUUGAUGAUCAGCUUAACAUCCUCCCAAUCUCUAGCCAUGUUGCAAACAUUGUCGCUAUCCCACCACGGUCACAGGAGGACAGCCUGAGUCCUCAGGAUAUGGAGCUGAAGGACCUAAAGGAAAGCCUCCAGGAUACCCAGCCUGUAGGAGUGUUGGUUGAUCGCUGUAAAACCCUGGAUCAGGCAAAAGCUGUUUUGAAAUUCAUUGAAGCAAUUUCUGAGAAGACGCUAAGAAGCACCGUGGCUUUAACUGCGGCCAGAGGACGUGGCAAAUCAGCCGCCUUGGGACUGGCCAUAGCUGGGGCAGUGGCUUUUGGGUACUCCAACAUUUUUGUCACCUCUCCCAGUCCAGAUAACCUUCAAACUCUCUUUGAAUUUAUAUUCAAAGGCUUCGAUGCGCUACAGUAUCAGGAACACCUGGAUUAUGAGAUUAUUCAGUCUCUCAAUCCAGAAUUUAGCAAAGCAGUUGUCAGAGUGAAUGUCUUCAAGGAGCACAGACAGACUAUUCAGUAUAUCCACCCUGCGGAUGCCGUGAAACUGGGACAAGCGGAACUUGUGGUGAUUGACGAGGCAGCUGCUAUCCCCCUGCCCCUGGUCAAAAGCCUCCUGGGUCCUUACCUGGUCUUCAUGGCUUCCACAAUCAACGGAUAUGAGGGCACAGGUCGUUCCUUAUCAUUGAAGCUGAUUCAGCAGUUACGGCAACAGAGCGCCCAGGCCCAAGCCAGUGUGACAGCAGAGAACAAAAUGACAACGACAACUAAACUGUCCUCAGCCCGCACACUGCAUGAAGUUUCCCUCCAAGAAUCCAUUAGAUAUGCCCCUGGAGAUCCUGUGGAAAAGUGGUUGAAUGACUUGCUCUGCUUGGAAUGUCUCAAUAUCUCAAGAAUUUUAUCUGGCUGCCCGUUGCCCGAAACUUGCGACUUAUACUAUGUGAACAGAGACACCCUGUUCUGUUAUCAUAGAGCAUCAGAAGCUUUUCUUCAGAGGCUCAUGGCUCUGUAUGUGGCUUCUCAUUACAAGAACUCUCCCAAUGACCUCCAGAUGCUUUCAGAUGCUCCGGCACAUCACCUGUUUUGCCUUCUGCCACCAGUUCAGCCUACCCAGAAUUCCUUGCCGGAAGUGCUUGCUGUUGUUCAGGUGUGUUUGGAGGGCGAGAUCUCCCGCCAGUCAAUUAUGAACAGUCUCUCUAGAGGGAAAAAAGCCUCAGGGGACCUCAUCCCAUGGAGCAUUUCAGAGCAGUUCCAAGACCCUGAUUUUGGCAGUCUCUCCGGAGGGAGAAUUGUACGAAUUGCAGUCCAUCCCGAUUAUCAAGGGAUGGGCUAUGGCAGCCGAGCUCUUCGUUUGCUGCAGAUGUACUACGAAGGCAAGUUUCCUUGCCUAGAAGAAAAGGUCACUCCAAAACCAAAAGGAAUUGCUACCGUGAGCAGCGAGGCUGUCAGUUUAUUGGAAGAAGCUGUGAUGCCUCGGAAGGACUUGCCGCCUCUGCUGCUCAAACUGAGCGAGAGACAGGCUGAGAGUCUGGACUACCUUGGUGUUUCCUACGGCUUGACACCACGGCUGCUCAAAUUUUGGAAAAAAGGUGGAUUCGUUCCAGUUUAUCUCAGGCAGACUCCUAAUGAUCUGACCGGGGAGCACUCGUGCAUCAUGCUGAAAGUACUGAAUGAAGAGGAAGACAGUGAGCAAGAGAACUGGCUCACCGCCUUCUGGAAAGAUUUCAGGAGGAGAUUCCUGUCUCUCUUGAGCUAUCAGUUCAGCACUUUCUCACCUUCAUUAGCUUUGAACAUUUUGCAAAACAGGAAUAUCAAGAAACAGUCACAACCCUUAAUCAGUCGCAAUGAAUUAGAUGCUGUCUUCAUCCCGUAUGACCUGAAGAGGCUGGAGAUGUACUCAAGGAACAUGGUGGACUAUCAUCUCAUUAUGGACAUGAUCCCCUCCAUUGCUAGGAUGUAUUUCCUCAAGCAGCUUGGGGAUAUGACCCUUUCUGCUACACAGUCUGCUCUUCUUCUUGGAAUUGGUCUGCAACACAAAACUCUGGAUCAGCUGGAGAAAGAGAUAGAACUGCCUAGUGGCCAGUUGAUGGGCCUCUUCAAUAGAAGCAUUCGCAAGAUUGUGCAGUUGUUCAAUACUAUCCAGGAAAGGGCUGUGGAAGAGCAGAUGACAGCAACAAAAGAAGUUGAAAUGGAGCCAACCCUGAAAUCUUUAAAUGAGGACUUGGAAGAAGCAGCAAGAGAAUUUCAGGAAAAGCACAAGCAAGAUAUAGGGAAGUUAAAAGACCUGGACCUUUCACAAUACGUGAUCCGAGGUGAUGAUGAAGAAUGGAAUGAAGUGCUGUCCAGAGCGGGACAAGGUGCUUCCGUUGUCAGCCUGAAAAGUGACAAGAAGAGAAAAUCAGAAGCCACAACAGGACCAAAACAGGAGAAGAAAUUUAAGAAAAUCCCCCAGAAGCAGAAGUGGAAGAAAUAAUCCAAAAAAAAAUCACAUGUGGACAUGGAAUUUGUUUUGUGAACUGAUUUCUUUUCCAAAGAAAAUGGCUUUAAGCUAUGAACAAAACCAUGCCCUGGAGUGGAAAGGCCUGAAAGAUUUUUUAAUAUAGAGGCAGCCUUGAAGCAACACAGCUUGGAAGAUAUUUUUUUACUGGCUGCCAGCUCAGCAUUUGUGUUAUGUUAAAAGGAAGUGUAGAGCAGCAAACUGGAUUAUUACCAGGAGUCAUAACUCUUUACUGUUUAGCCCAGAAAACCCUCUGUAUUGUGUGCCUAAGAGACCUAUAAACAUCUUUGCUUUCUCUCUA